UUGCCUUAUAUUCAUCAAAAACCAUCUUCCACUUUUUUGCUUAUCAAAUUCUUGAAUGGAAAACAUUGAAGAAGUGAACAAUAACUAUUGGGACCUCAUCCAUCAAACUGAAGAUGUAAGUUGGGGUGGACUGGAUGAAGCUUUAUCCGGCUACUACGACUCGAGCUCGCCCGAUGGAACUCAGUCGUCGUCGGCUGCCUCCAAAAACAUCCUGGCCGAAAGGAAUAGGAGGAAGAACCUCAAUGAUAGACUCUUUGCUCUUAGAGCAGUGGUCCCUAAUAUUAGUAAGAUGGAUAAGGCAUCAAUAAUCAAAGAUGCGAUCGAUUACAUUCACAUGUUGCACGAGCAAGAGCGAACAAUUCAAGCAGAAAUAAUGGAACUCGAGUCUCGAAAGUUAGAGCCCGAGUAUCAUGACUACUUCAGUCAACACAUGUCGAAUGAAAGAUCUAAGAAGAAAAAACUUGAACAAGCAUAUGAUCCAAGUGGAUCGAGGUCGUAUCCCAUUGAAGUCAUAGAACUAAGUGUGUCAUAUGUGGAAGAGAAAAUAGUGUUGGUGAGCUUAAAAUGCAACAAAAGAAGAGACACAAUUGCAAAGCUAUGUGAGGUGUUUGAAUCUUUGAAGGUCAAGAUUAUGACUGCCACCAUAUGUGCUUUUCCUGAAAGGCUCCUCAACACUCUCUUUAUUCGGGCUGAUAAAGAAGAGAUCGAUAUAUUGAAGAUACAAAUUGAGACAGCCAUAUCAGCCUUAAAUGACCCUCACAGUCCAAUGAGCAUGUAGUUAAUUUAUAGCUAUGAUCAAUUAUUUCAUCGAAUUCACCUUUUUUUUCCUUCUUUCUUCUACUUUUUUUUUUCUUUGAAUAGUUAGGGAGUUGUAAUUAUAAAGAGAUAUUUUGUAUGACAUAAUAUACUACAUUUUGAUUUUUA